AUAGAAACUGUUUCCGAGCUUUUUCAAAACGAUGGCCUUGAAUGACCAAAAUAAAAAAAUUUACUUCAAAGAGAAAGAAAUAAAAGACGUUGGACCCUCAGUAGAUUCAGAUGAUAUCGAACAAAGGAUUGCCGCUCGACGCAUAAGAAUUCAAAACAGGUUGGAGCGCUUAAGAGGCGACGUUCACUCUAAUGAAACUAAGUCAAACAAAAAAGAGAUUGGGUUGGGGAGAUCUCAGAUCGAUCUGAGUAGUAAAAGAAUAUCCAAACUUAUUAGUGAUGGAGACGCUUUUAUAACUAACAUUCGGGUUGCAUGUGAUGCACGUGAAUACUUCAAAAGAACUGAGGACCAUGAACUUAAUCAUAACAGAAUUCGCGUUUUGGAAGACGAAGCAACGAGAAGCCUAGAAGUAUUCAAUAAAAUAACAGAACAAUGGGAAAAGGCGCAGGAAAGUGAAUUAUUAGAUGAAACAAAAGAGAUGUUAGACAAACAAAACACGUUGUGCAAAGACCUUAUAGCUGAGAAAAAUAAGCUGAUUAAUGAACUGAAUUUAGAAAUUAAAGCUAAAGAUGAUCAUUAUGUAAGAGAAUUAAAGAAACGCACAGAUGAUAUUGAUUUAUUAGCCGAACGAAUGGAAUCACAAAUUAAAGCUAUUCAAAGAACCUAUCGGGAAGAACUAAUUGCCAUUGAAAAUGCAUUUUUAGAUCAAAGAGAAAAAUUAACUAGUGAACAAAAUGCUGAAUGGGGAAUGUUGAUGAAUGAAAUCAAACAGAAACAAAUUAAUUAUUUAAAACAACGUGAAGAUCAGGCUAUUGAAUAUGAGAAAGAACUUUAUGAUCUACGCACUAAAUAUUCAGAAGAGUACAAUGCACUGAAAAUAUCAUUGGGCGCUGAAGUCGAGACAUUUGAAAGUCAUUUACAAAAAUUAAAAUCUACAUAUCAAUUGAAUUUAGAAAAAUUAGAUUAUAAUUAUCAAGUUUUAAAACGACGUGAUGAAGAGAAUACAGUGCUUAAAUCAAAUCAAAAGAGAAGAAUUACACGUCUACAAGAUACAUUGAAUAAUUUACGUAUAAAAUCAACUAAACAAGAACAACAAUACAAAGUAGAAAAUGAACAGUUAUCUGAAGAUUAUAAAAGAAGAAUGGAAAAUUAUAGUGAUUUACAAAAGAAAUCAAAAUUGUUAAUAGAAAAUGUACAACGAAAUUUUCAUGAUAUUUGGAUAAUGAAUGAAGAGAAUUUGAAACAGUUAGGUAAUCGUCUUUUGGAAGCACAUCGAAUUAUUACUGAACAACAACUUGGCUUAACAUGGAAUCCACCAGAUAUAUCAUUCAUGGAAAAUGUAGGUCCAGUGAAACAGAUCACUAGUAUACCUCCAGCUAUAAUUGCAAUGGAAUUAGCCUUACAAUCUGACAAGAAAAACUUUCCAGAUUCACAGAAUGUGACCUCAGAAAAUAAAAUACCUACAACAUUGAAAGAAGUUUCAUCAAAAACUGUACAAGAAUUUUUGCACUUAUUGUGUUAUGAGCCUGAAUUUUUAAUUGAUGAAAACAUAAAACGUUUGUUAGAACCGUUAGGAUAUGAAGAAGGGUUACUUCUACGUCUAGAUACAAUACUAACGGUUUUAGGUGUACAAACAGAAGAAGAUUUAAAUAUGUUAUUUACAUAUUUUGUCGAACAACAAAAAGAUAAUAAAUCUCAGCUUAAACGUGUACCUUCAACAACCAUUGAAGAAUCAAGUGAAUCUGUUCAGAAAUCUCCAUCGAAAUAUACCAGCUCACAAAGUUUACAAGAAUCAUCUGAUAAAAUGAAUGAAACUGUUAAAUUUAUACAAGAUGAAAGUAAUAAAGUUCAGUCAAUUGUUAAUGGAAAAUGUUCAAUAAAGAUUGAUCAUUCAGAUGAUGAAAUAAAAACUGAUGAAUCAUCCAUAUCUCAUGAAACUCAAACAUCUUCAUUAAAAUGGAAUUUAAUUUCACCGGUACAUGUGAUCGAUGCAAUAUAUAAAUUUACUGAAGAUAUGCAUAGAUGUAAACAUCCAAAGGAUAAAAAUAACGUCGAUAAUCAAAAUGAUGGUGAUAAUGAUGAUGAUGAUGGUGGUAGUGGUGUUGAUGAUGAUGAUGAUAAUAAGAACAAUAAAAGUACAAAAUCUACAGAAACUUGUAUUCAAUUAAAUCAUAAAUUCAAAAAUAAUUUACCAUUAAUUACAAUGAAAAAUUUAUCAUCAUUAAAUAAUAUUGAAAUCAAUAAAAAAUCAUUUAAUUUUAAUAAAAUUAAUACAUUUGAUGAUUAUAGAAUUCGUAAUGAUUCAAAUGAUUUAAUCUAUUGGAAUAAAUAUAAGUAAGUGAGAUAGCUGGGACAUAUGUUACGUAUGCCCAACCACCGACUACCUCGACAUGUGAUGUUUUAUGGUGUAGGUUGGAAGAAAGGUAGGCGCGACCAAACCAAAUUGUGGCAUAAAUUUAUGAAGUCACUGAUAAGUAGUAGGUGUAGACUACCUGGUUUGAAUCCGCGAGAUGAUAGGAACCGAUGGUUAGAGACCUUGAAUGACAUGGCUCAAAAUCGUUUGCAAUGACGCAGGUGCAUCCACUCUUUGUGUUCUCCAAAAUUCUAAUCUUCUGAAUGCCUCAUGUCCAUUUCUUUUCUUUUUCUCUUUCCAAAUUUACUUCACUGGAUUAUACUCUUAGAAUAACAUCUUCGAACCCUAAUAUUUCCGAUUACUGAUUAUACUUUUACUACCUUUACCACUACGGGAUUUGAAUAGACAAUUGUAUCUGUGUGCUAAUGUGGUAUGGCAACUCGAACUGAUGUACGUACAUACGAAGUUCUACGUUGGUACUGACUGACUUUUAGUUGAUAUGAAUAAAUAACUAUCUUUGUAGAUAUCCUAAUGAGUAGGAAAAUUAAAUUUUUUGACGUUUCGUGACUUAGUGUAAGCCACUUCUUCAGAGAAUAAAUAAAUAAUUAAAUCAAUAUUAAUUCAAGUUUAAAUAAUACAAAUGGAACAACAAAAAUAUUAGUUGAUAUGAUUUAUGCCAAAAGAAAUUUUAAACAAAAAUUGUUUUAUUUAAUAAUAAAUUUCAUUUAAUCAAUUGAUAUAAAUUAUUGCUUUGAAUUAAAAUUAUAAAUCGAUCUAAGUGAGAUUAUCAUUGAAGAUUUGGAAGCACUGGACGACUGAUUCACCUUAGUGUCAGAUUUUUCAGCAGCGUGUAUCCAUGAUUCUGUACGUGGGACUCUAAAUCAGAAUAUUCGGCUUCGCGUGCCCACGCGAAUGAUUAACCUCUAGACCACUGAACCGGGAUUCAACAGUGUUUGGUUUCCUUAUAUGGAAUCGUGGAUGUGUAUUGUUGAGGAGUCUCAUACUAGAACAAAAUGACCAUCUAGUCCCUUUAAGUUUUCAUUGAUGGUCUAACUUAGAUCAGUUCAUGAUUUUAAUGAAAUUCAACAAUCUCUACAAUAUCAUAUUGAAAAUAAUUGAAAUUUCUUUAGUCACUAACUUUCUAAUUAGAAAACGAAAAUGUUUAACCGAUUCAAACUUAAAAAUCUCAGAUGAUUAUUCAUUUAGUGGAACUAAUAAUGUAAAAGUGAAAAUUGUAAAUGAUGCUUAAAUUGUCGUAUUUUCUAUGAACCAUUUCUAAGCUUUUGUUUGAUCCAUAAAUUUUUACCAUAUGUAUUAUGGUUUCAGAUUUAUCGUUAAUUAUGUAUUCCCCUAUUUCUCUGAUCUUGUAUCACUUGUAACCGAGUUAUGUACACUCCAUAAUAGUUGAAUUGUUCUAAUAAUUGAGCGCAGUGGAGAACAUUUGUUCUAUAUCUUCUUUUUCUGACUGACCAAUGGGUUAAAAGGAUCUCGAGGACCAACAAACGUUAAAAUCGCGGUUGUUGUUUAUCGGUCGUUAUGUCGAUCGGUGAAUGGAAGGUCACUAGUCCUACUGGCAAUACAGAUGAAUCGAUCGAUAAUCGAAAUAGAGAGUGUGUGUGUGAGAGAAUGAUCAUAGAACCACUGUCUCAAUCAGACGGUACUUGAUACAACCCAACCUAGCAGUCUGUUUUUUUCCCAAAAUAACGAACAUUUAUGUCAAAUAUAAAAUCAUAACGCGCCAUAAAUAAUAAACAUUAAUCUGUACAAAACAUCAGGUCAUUUGUGGUACAAAAACUGAGUAACAAGUAUACAAGUAAUUAAAUAUAAUUGAUGAAUUUUAAAUGAUAUAUCGAUAGUCAGUAAAUUAAAUUAGCGCUUAAGUAUUGAACAAUAAUAAUAGCUUAGUCUUUACUCAAAAAAGAUUAUCGAUAAUGAAUCCGUGGGGAAUAUAUUUCAAAUUAUCUCCUUUUUUGGUUCAUUUGCCCGUUUCUAACAGUUGUCUUCUCGUAAAACUUUCUUGUUUGACGUCUAUGAGGUAAUCAGAAACAAUGAUUACUGAGUUUAGAUGGUAAAGUUUAAAAUCGAUUGGAGCAGUGCGAAUCUGUUAGUUAGUCAUAAACGCAAAAAUAAUAAUGGAUUUCGAUAAUGUAAUAAGAAGACGAAGAUUAUCACAACUAUGUGAUGAUAUAUAUUAGCGCAAUACAUUUCGAACAAUCUGAUCACACAUAUACUUGUUCAGAACCUUGAUAAAUGAAAAUACAAGGUCAACUAGACUGGAAAUGGGGUAUUCAAAAACAGUUUGUUCUCAUCUUAAACCUACCCUGGUAAUAUUGACUUAUUAUCCAAAAUGAUCAGGUUUCAAAUUGUGUUCACAUUAUUAUUACUCGUAUUAUUAUCCUUGUUUCCUCUUAUCGCGUUGCCAGUCUAGUUGGCCCUUUAUUUUUAUAUAUCAAUGUUCUUAACAAGUAUAUGUAUGAUCAGAUUGUUCGAAAUUUAUUGCGGACUUGUGGAGACUGUAGUAAUUUUAAUAGUUGAAUUCAUCAGUCGAUGUAAGUUAGACCACGAUUGAAAAAAUUGGAUCACUGGACGGUCGUUUUGUCCUGGUGUGGGACUCCUCAGAAGUACGCAUCCGCGAUCCCUCACGCUGGACUCGAACCCGGGCGUGCGAACGCUUAACCUCUAGACCACUGGACCGAUAUCCAAAGGCAUUAAUGUUCGACUUCAAUUGAUCCAUGAUCUUGCAUCCAGUGCUUCCAGGUUUUCAAUCGUGGUGUAGCUUACAUCGACUUCUGAAUUCAACCAUUCUAAAAUUAUAAAUGAAAAAUAUCCUUUUUAAUACAUGUUAACAAUAUUCUUUUCAUUCUUACUAUAUAUAUAUAUAUAUAUAUAUA